AUUUUCGUUACAUAUAUUUUUCUAUAAUAAUAUUUAUAUCAUUCUAAAUAUAAAAAGUUACCAAUAAAACAAAUCAGCUGUUAUCCGUCAAUCGAUGUCAACAAAAUUGCAUAAUUUUGUUUAGAAAAACAGUGAAGUUUUUAUUAUUGGUGUCAUUAUUUUGAAAUUGGUAAAAAUGUAUUUUGAAAUGAAUUUGUGUGUUCACAAAUUGUUGUGUUAAAGUUAAAGUAAAACCCUUAAAGUUUGUCUAAUGAGUGUCUUUUAUAUAAUGUAGGGCAAUAUAAUUAGUUAUGGAUCGCAAUAAGAUAAUAGAAAGCGGUGGAUUUUAUUUUAUUCACAAUUUUGAUUCUGGAAAUCUCGGGCAUGUUGAACGGGUUCCGACUGAACUUAUAUCUCCAACAAUAAAUCUCAAAACAAAUACAUCUGAAACUCCAGAUUAUGAAUUCAACAUAUGGACAAGACCUGAUUGUGCUGGUACAGAGUUUGAAAAUGGAAACCGAACCUGGUUUUAUUUUGGUAUUCAGGCAGCAGAACCAAAUGUUCAGGUGCGUUUAAACAUUAUAAAUUUAAACAAGCAAGGAAAGAUGUACAAUCAAGGAAUGGCUCCUGUGACUAGAACACUGCCUGGAAAGCCACAGUGGGAACGAAUAAGAGAUCGUCCAGUUCAUUCUACGGAUGAUAAUACUUUCACACUAAGCUUCAAGUACAGGACCAGUGAGAAUCCAAAAGCUACAACAUUCUUUGCUUUUACCUAUCCAUUCUCUUUUGCGGAAUUACAGAUAGCAUUAAAUUCAAUUGAUCUUAAGAUGCUGCCAUUACCUCUUGCACAGUCACCAGAUGAAAUAUACUACUAUCGAGAAUGUCUUAUUUAUUCUCUUGAAGGUAGACGUGUUGAUUUGUUAACUAUAUCAUCACAUCAUGGUAUCACAACAGAAAAAGAACAUAGACUCAAAAAUCUAUUUCCUGAUAAUCAAGAGAGACCAUAUAAAUUUCAGAACAAAAAGGUAAUAUUCAUGUCCGCCCGUGUGCAUCCCGGUGAGACUCCUUCUAGUUUCGUUUUCAACGGAUUUUUGAACCUUUUACUAACACGAAAUGAUCCCAUCGCCAUACAAUUGAGAAAGCUAUACGUUUUUAAAAUGAUACCAUUUUUGAACCCCGACGGUGUUGCCCGAGGUCAUUAUAGAACUGACACAAGGGGAGUCAAUUUAAAUAGGGUUUACUUAAAUCCGUCAUUGGUACAUCAUCCCACCGUGUAUGCGUCGCGAUCGUUAAUAAGAUAUUAUCAUUACGGUUACGAAAAGGAAGAAGAUGUUUUCGAUGACCUAAAAAGUAUCGCCUCACGGAGUAUUGGGAAUAUUAGCGAAAGCGCGGAGUUCAUAGACACAAAAAAGAAGAAAAACCCACUAAAGGGCAGCGAUUAUAAACGUGAAAAGACAUCUUCAGCGAAAUCCCUUUCGCGGAAUAAAUCUUCUAUGACCAUAAAACGAGCCUCCAAUGAAGACUCAAAGGAUGCCCAAUCUCUUACAGGAGAAGCUUCUCAUUUAGCCGACCAGGUCCACGAUAUGAAACUCCAAGAAAUGCCGUCUCAAACGAACGACGAAUCCACUGCCGAAUCUAUCAACUUGGAGGAGACCUCAUCGCUCCUCAAUGACAACGUAUUGAGAUCGUGCUUGGGAUCAACCGUUCACUUGAGUACUAGUGAGGAACUCAAAAUAAACGGAGGAAAUCUUUUGAGACCUCUUCGCGAAACCUUGAAGAACAGCAUAAGCCUUCUAAUGGAGUCUAGUACCUCUGUUACUGGCGACAGCGCAGAGGCCAAAGAAGCCAGACUUGCGAAUAUCAAAAUGGGUUGGUGCGAAGAAUGCCAACGCGCUGUGAGCCGUUUGGAAGAUACAAUGCCGGGUAUCGCUAAUAUGGUGCCGGGGUAUAGCGCUAUGAUACUGGCUGAUACUCCAAAGUACACCUCCAUAGAUGAAUAUCGCGAACAUCAGAGGCAGCAAGUUGAUGCGCAAGAGAGAAAAUUGCAGGAUACAGAGAAUCCAGGUGACGGCGCUACGGUUUACUUCUGUACCAAUUGCUUCAAGAGAUAUGUAAUCUCGGAAUAUAAUGAGGAGAUUAAACUCUCAGAACCCUUAUCGUGCACUAGUUUGGGUGUGAGUGUGUGCGUUGGUGACAGUGGCGAUGUGUGCGCGGCACUUAAGCCUUUGCCUAACACCGAUGACGUCAUUAUUUCGGAGACACCAAAGGAAAAGCCCAAGUCACCGUUGAAAUCGAUUAAGAAGAAACCUCAACCAGUGCCACCCACAGCAGUAACUAAGCCAGUUUAUAAGGAGCCUGAUAGUGGACUGUACCUGUACAUCGACUUACAUGGGCAUGCGUCUAAAAAAGGUAUCUUCAUGUAUGGGAACCACUUCGAGGACGUGGAUAGUUCCGUGGAGUGUAUGCUGCUGCCUCGCAUCAUGUCUCUCAAUAACCUUCAUUUCCACUUCUCCUCUUGCAACUUCACAGAACGAAAUAUGUAUCUCAAGGAUCGUCGUGACGGUAUGUCCCGCGAAGGCUCUGGUCGGGUUGCCGUCUUGAAAGCGACAGGCCUCGUCCGGUCUUACACUCUCGAGUGCAACUACAACACCGGCCGCCUAGUCAACGUGUUGCCCCCCGCCGUCAGAGAUACCCCCCUCCCCACCGCCCCUCACGCCGGAAUGCCCCCCAAGUACACGCCGCACAUAUUCGAAGAGAUAAGGCUUCGUGCUAAGAAUUGGGAUGCGUUCGAAGAGAUAGACCCAAUGAAGGUUGGUCGAUCGUUGGGAGCAUCGAUUCUAGAUCUGACAGGACAACAUCCGAAUUCGCGUAUACCUUGCUCCGAACAUCGCACCCUCACCUCACUACGGGAGUGGCUCCGAUCGCACACGCGCACUAUGCGGCCGCAGCUAACAAUGUCGCGACUUCGACCCAAGACGGCGUCACCCACGCGUUUGCCACUUUACGCCCGGUCUAAAGCCAAAGUUACCGAAGAACGAAAAGAAAACGCUUACGUGGGAGCCAAGACCGACUCGGAGAGACGACGCAGCCCUUCGGUCCUGGCCCAACGGUCCGGCCACGAAAUCGUGAUCAACAUGAACAUGAAGUACGGCAAAAAGAACGAACCGGUGAAGACCCCUUCGCGCACUCGCUACUUGACGGAGAACGAGUCGAAAUCUAAAGCGUUGUCCGCUAAACGACGCAACGUACUCGCGAUCAGAAAGCCCAGUACCAGCAAGACCCAAGUGGGCGGAGUGGUGAAAGCCAAGACCAACAGAAGGUCUGCGGACGACGCCGAGAACAAUCGCUCCUCCGUAGUAUCUGCGAAGCUCAGCAAACGGAACUACGCCAGGUCCCUCCGCGGGGCCGUCACGAGAUCCGCCAACCACUGUCGGGCGAUGGCCUCCUCGUCCUCGGAGGACAUGAUAAGUGGGACCUGGGAGGACGUAGCGGGCGGGACGGUCUUGGGGUCCCCGAGUGGGAUGUCCCACCCGGAUACCAUGUCCAUGGGGUCCAAGCGCAGGUCCUUCCCUACCCCCUCCCCUUCCCGCCUCAAGAAAAUCCGCUUAAAGACCGCUUUGUAGCGCAAGCCGCGUGCGAGGCCCGCCCUUCGCACAUCGCCGACGCCGCUCUAACCGUAUGUAGUGAAUUUUUGAGUUAUUUACAUAAUUUUAUAUUACCUAUACUUUACAUUUGUAAAAAACGCUAAAUGUGCAAUAAUAUUGAAAUUAGGAAUGUUUAUGGUUUUCGUAUGGCUUAGGUCUCUGUCGAGAGAUUUUGUAUUGUAACUAACGUUGUCUUUAUUCUGAUUAAUAUUAACAAGUGUUUACGUCGUUACCGUUUCAUACUAGGCGUUUAAUAAAUUUGAUAGAAAAACAAAGUAAAAAAUUAGAAACCGCGACUAGAAAUGAAAAUUAGAAAAGCUACAUUGUAUUGUUAGAAUUUCUCUAGAGCGGAAUUAAUUAUAAAGAAUUUUGUUGACGUAUCAGUUUUGUCACGUCUAAAUUGUAAAAGUAAUAUGGUAACGCAAAAAACAUUCAAAAUCGAUCACGUUCAUAUGUAUUUUUUAGAUUGGAAUUAAAGUAAAGCACAAAAACCUCAACUUCUUAAUAAAUCUUUGAUAACUAUGUUAGUUGGUCUGUGCUUACUUUUGGAAAUUCUUGAUUUGAAAUAGAAAUUGUAUGUUUUUGACGUCUUAUAAAAAUUGUGUCACGUGGUUUAUAACUGCAUAAAUAUGCUAGAAAAUGUUUACAGAAGUAUAUCGAUUAUGAAACUCUAAAAUCCCACCGUUGAUUGUAACUUUUCAGUUUUUUUUUACAAUCGUGGUCACGUUCGUGUCAUCGAUAUCCCGUAUUAAAUGUAUUAUCACUAAACAUCGGUUAUUGUGAUAACAAUUUAUUCCUAAUCAACCACAUUAAGAUUUAUUUUUUCUGAACAUUGAUCUCAUGAAACAAAUUACAUUUUAUUUUUAUUUACAAAAAUGAAAUAUUGUACAA